AGCACAGCACAAAAAACACUAGAGAGUGAAUCGCACAAGAUUCCAAGUUUUGUUCACCGACUUCACCAAUGAACGCCCUUGGCUUUUCUCUUCUGACUACUCAUUUCUUACUUAUUUGAAUCUCUCUUUAUUCGAAUGCUUCAUUCCAUUAUCAAAAACACAAGCAAACUCUAUUCUUAUCACUACUCUCUACACUCUAGAUAUCUCUCUCUGUUUCAAUUCAAACUUUCAUAGUUUAAACCUUCACUCUGUUUUGUUGUACUCUGUUUCAAACAAUGGCGAUUGAUUGCAUUGCAAAAGCAUCACAAAUAGGAUCACUAGAUGAGAAAAAAUCACCAUUAGUGUUUGAUGCAUCAGUAUUCCAAAAAGAAAAAAACAUACCCACACAAUUUUUAUGGCCAGACAAUGAGAAACCAUGUCCAAAUGCACCAGAACUUCCUGUUCCUUUGAUUGAUAUUGGUGGGUUUUUAUCGGGAGAUCCUAACGCUGCAAUAGAAGCUUCAAAAUUAAUAGGCGAAGCUUGUGAAAAACAUGGGUUUUUUCUCGUUGUCAAUCACGGAAUUGAUUUCAAACUUAUUCAAGAUGCUCAUGUUUUCAUGAAUAAUUUCUUUGAUUUACCAUUGAUUGAGAAACAAAAAGCUCAAAGAAACCCAGGUGAACACUGUGGUUAUUCAAGCAGUUUCACUGGUAGAUUCUCUACUAAACUCCCAUGGAAAGAAACUCUCUCAAUGCGCUUUACUCCUCAAGAACAAGAGAAUCAUAAGAUGGUUCAAGAUUACAUACUUCAGAAAAUGGGUGAUAGUUUUUGCGAUUUCGGGAAAGUUUAUCAAGAUUACUGUGAUUCAAUGAAUAAACUGUCAUUAGGGAUAAUGGAGUUAUUAGGAAUCAGUCUUGGAGUCGGUAAAAAUUAUUACAAGGAGUUCUUUCAAGGAAAUGAUUCCAUAAUGAGACUUAAUUACUAUCCAAUUUGUCAGAAACCUGAACUCACUUUAGGAACCGGUCCUCAUUGUGAUCCAACUUCUUUAACUAUUCUUCAUCAAGAUGAUGUUGGCGGUUUACAAGUGUUUGUUGAUAAUAAAUGGCGGUCUAUCACUCCCAAUACUCAAGCAUUUGUUGUCAAUAUCGGCGAUACCUUCAUGGCUUUAUCAAACGGGAGAUACAAGAGUUGUCUACACAGAGCAGUUGUAAACAGUGAAACACCAAGAAAAUCGCUGGCCUUUUUUCUAUGCCCUGACAAACAGAAAUUGGUGGUACCACCAAAAGAACUGAUCAACAAGGGAAGUCCAAGAAUGUACCCUGAUUUCACUUGGGAAACGUUUCUUGAAUUUACUCAGAAACACUACAGAUCUGAUGAAAAAACUCUUGAUGCUUUCACCAACUGGAUUCAACACAAAACCAACUGCUAAAUCUUUCUAUCUCUCCCUCUCAAUCUCCAUGUUUGUCCUUGGAACAAGUGUAUGGGAGGAGGGGCAAUUUAGGAAAAUGGAAUAUUAAUUAUAGAAAUAUAUGAUAUACAUAGAAGCUUUUGUUAUUAGUAACUAGGUGCUAGAGUUUAGUAGAAGAAGCUAAUGAGAUUUUUAGUUAAUUUUAUUUUAUAUCAGUGAUGGAAAAGCUAGCCCCAAAAGCACAUACGAAUUCAAUCAAUAAAAAGGCUUCAUUGAGCUCCUCUAAUGUUGUUACUUCAA